AUGUGGUCCCCGGGGGAUUCCGAGCAGAGCCCGCCGCCCGCCGCCCCGCCGCCGGGCCUCCGCUCCCUCCUCGCCUCCCGGGACUUUGUCUGUUCCCGCAAAGGGCGGCUCCUCCUGGGCGAGUCGGGGCUGUCAUUCAUCAUCUUUAUUUGCUACAUCGCCUCCAACGCAGCCGCAUUCAUGACCGCCCCACUCCUGGCCUUCCUGCUGGCCCUCUGCUACUUCUUUGCCUAUUCCACAAAGCUCAAUGAGAAGUUCAGGGGAAUCUACUGGCCUCUGAUGGACUUUCUGCGUUGUGUCACUGCCGCCAUCAUCUACUUUGCCAUCUCGAUCACCGCGGUCUCCAAGUACACGGACGGAGCCUCCAAAGCCGCUGGAGUGUUUGGCUUCGUGGCCACAAUCGUGUACGCCUUGGAUUUCUACAUUAUUUUUAAUGACUUGGCCAAAUUUCUCAAACAAGGGGACGCCAACAAUGACCCAGAAGUCCACAAGUCAGAAGACGAGGACUCCGACUCUGACUGAAGCUGACAGCCCAGCACCCAGCCCGGCGGCAAAUUCCUCACUUUCCUUCCUCCUGCUCUGAAUAGUACCAGCUGAAAUAAGAUUUUUCUAACUUUAUACUGGUCUUUUUCCUCCCUCCUCCUCCUCCUCUCCAUUAACAUUUUCUAAGGACAAGAUAGGGAAAAGCUGCUUUGUGCAGUUUAGAUUUCUUAGUGCCUUAACUGAUGCAAAACAAAAAAAAAUUUCCUAGCAUAAUUCACUCUGCAAAUAAGAUCUUGUUGAAUUUUAGCCAGAAAUUGUUUCUCGCUCAGAAGUGCCUUCAGCCAUUUCACCUAAAAUCUUUCUCCUUGGCCAGAGAUGAAAGAAACAAAUUACAGCCUUAGCCUCGGAUCUUAGUAUCCAGAGAAAGUCACACUACCUCUAUUAUCCAGGGCAAUGUACAUCAUAGGCUAGAGAUGGGAGACAUUUCUCUCACUGUUGCAUGUCUGUGUUUGUGCGCACAUGUAAGUAACCUCCUCCCUGCCUACCCAUUGGAAACUGACCACGGGACCCAGAGGAAGAGCACUCUCCGGGCUUCACUGUCCUUUUUUCAGAGGAUAGCAAUCUUCUGGGAGUCCAUUAUGCAACUGUCUCUUCCCUCUGCUUCCUUGGUGCUUGAAGAGAAUUUUGACAGUCGGUCAGGUGAGGAGAGAAUCGGAGGCCCCGCUAAAGCCUUGCUCAUUCACAGAGAGUAAGGUGACAACUUCGUAUCUGUUGCCAAGAAAUCCAGUCAGGUGACAAGUUGGUGGCUCUCAUGGCGAAUCACUUGCCAGUAGGGCUCAAGUCUGAGUGCCAGGUGGUACAAGCAGAGCCAGCUGUUUCUGCCAUGUGUCUGUUAGCAGGCUAGCCCCUUGUUGGGCAGGGAUUGUCUGUUGCCGAAUUGUACAUUCCAAGUGCUUAGUACAGUGCUCUGCACACAGCAGGCGCUCAGUAAAUACGAUUCAAUGAAUGAAUAGCAGCACCCAGGCAGGCCGGAGAAAGACCACAUACAAUGUCCAGGGACCACUUUCUGGGGCUCAAGAGGGAAUUUUUUUGUUUUGUUUUUAAAGGGGAAGGCAGGCGUAAAUCCUAAACUAGUCCUUUACCUUUAGGCAGAGAGCCUUUACUGUGACAGUAGUAGACGUGUGAAUGUCCAGGUUAAGUGCCUUGUUCUAUCACUUUAUAGACCCCUUUAUGUACUGCAUGCCACCUCUCUACUGGAUAAAAAUCUGACUGGCCACUG